CAGCUAUAUAAGUGGAGCACGCUCGGCUCCCAGCCAUUCAAUCUCCCGAGCCAUCGGAAGUCGAUCCAGCUGUAGAAUUUGAAACGAGAAGUGUGAAGAAUGAUUGAGAAGAAAGCGCCUGCGUUUACGGAGCUUAGCGAGUUCGCUAGUGUUGGCGCUGGUGGCAAGGUAGCGUUCGCGACCGAUGACUUCUUUGCGACAUGCGAGAAUAUGCUUGCAGACAGCGAUCCUCUGUGGCUCGCUGACAAGUACACCGAGUACGGCAAGUGGAUGGACGGCUGGGAGACUAGACGCAAGCGCGUGGCCGGCCAUGAUUGGUGUAUACUGAAGCUUGGCACCAAGUGUGUCAUACGUGGUCUUCUUAUCGACACGGCGUACUUCACAGGAAACUUUGCGCCAAAAUUUUCGAUACAAGCCGCCUGUUUAACGCUUGAAGAAGAAUCAAUGCUACCGGAAAGAAAUGCCUGUAUGGGCACAGCGUGUACAGAGAACGAAGCGGAGGCUGUAGAGAGGCUUGCGACCGACAAGUGGAAUGAGAUCGUGCCUAUAACCGCUCUCAGACCAGGCUACGAAGAUACCAGACUGAAUUAUCAAAAGGUACUAAGCGACGAGGCAUACACACAUGUCCGCGUAAACAUUUUCCCUGAUGGUGGUAUUGCGCGACUCAGGGUUUACGGCGAAGCAAGGGCCGAGAGGCCGCUGCCUCAUCACAUGGUGGAUUUGCUGUCCUUGCUAAACGGCACCACAUGCCAAGGGUACUCAAACGCUCACUACGGCCACCCGCGCAACAUGAUCAAGCCCUGCAAGAGUAUGUGCAUGUCGGACGGGUGGGAGACGGCCAGGAGACUCGACCGACCGGAGGUUAUCGAGGCUAAUGAGGAUGGCACGCUUAAAGUACCUGGAGAAGAAUGGGCCGUCUUCAAAUUGGGUUUCCCGGGAAGGAUCAAAGAACUGUGUGUGGAUACUGCGCACUUCAAAGGCAACUUUCCCGAUUCUGUCAAGAUAGAGGGCACUUUCUUAAGUCGCGAUUGGACGCCUGAAUCAAAGCCACAGUGGAAUAACAUCCUAAGACCAAGCAAGCUCUCAGCACACAGUGAGCACUGGUACAACUGUGAGUCGGACUUAGUGACGCACGUGAGGGUAACCAUGGCACCUGAUGGCGGCAUCAGCAGGGUACGCGCCUUUGGAUUCGUCGACAGUACGAUAUAAUAGUUUAAUUUAGGAAAAAACAUUGUGAUAACUUUAUC